AUGACUACUACGCCGCAAGAGGUGCCACUGCACUCCAUCGACCGCACUCCCGAGUACGAGGAGUUUAUGACCAAGCUCAAAGAAUUUCAUGAGAAACGUGGUACUGUUCUCGACCCAGAGCCCAAAGUUGGCUUGAUAUAUCUCGAUCUUUUCAAAGUUUUCAAUCACAUCGUUGCCAGUGGAGGUUACGACAAAGUUUCCGAAGAGAAGUUGGCCUGGCGGCGCAUGGCAGCUGAACUGGGCUUGCAUUCGAACAACGAGGCAUCGACAGCGUUCUCCCUCAAGGAAAAGUUUUAUAAGAACUUGGCUGCGUACGAAAUCAAGACAGUGCACAAUAAAGAGCCACCGCCGAAGGAGAUUCUAGAGGAUAUCACUGCGAAGGGUGCCAGUUUGCUGACCCGCACACUCGAAAACUUCCGACCGAAACGCGACAGCAACGUAAACGCUGGCGACUCUGCGGCAUCAGGCGACGACGGCACCCCGACUCGCGAACGCUCUGCCCCGGAAGCUCCUUCGAGCUCGCGUGCUUCUCGUGGCCUUCGAGAGGCACCUCCGCAACGCGUAAUCUUCCAGCCUGACACAGGACCAAGUCGUUCGACUCGACAAGCCGUCCAACAGAACGCUGCCCAAAGCGCAUCCCCAGCUCAAUCAACUACACAGACAGCGGCACAUCAUCCAAAUAUGCCUCCAAUGCCGCCCGGUGGCCAUCAGGGUCGUGGGCCCUCUAUCAUGCAUCAUCCUGCAAACACAGAAAACACAUCUCAAAUGGUUCUUUCAUAUCAACCGAAGCACCUCAAGCCUUUCCAGCUAAGAGCUGUUGCAACCCCCAGCAGUGCCCCAAAUGAGUUCCAACGGCAUCGUUUGCCUCAUCGCCCGGCUCCCGUUGACCCCGCUAACCGCCAACCGAUGCAACCAGGCACUGGAUUUGAUGGACCUAAUAUCUACACGCGUUGCUUGAAUGCGUUGCGAUCCGGUGUCCCGAGUGAGCAAGCCUUUGCCCUGAACCAUCUUGUCAAGAUAUCUUUUGAGCGUGGCGACAAAUAUCGCUUCGAUGCUUUCCCUGGCCUUGCCGAAGGACUUGUCGAAAAGGGUCUACAAGUUGGCGGCCUGUUUUACCAUGUUUCGUGGACCGUUUCAUGGGACUCAUAUGCGGACUCUGGUAGCAUUGGUUCACUGGAUGGAAACAAUGGCACGCCAGAUAUCCUCGAUCGUAUUGCCAACUUGGUAGAAAAGGACCUGCCAGAUGCCCUUCAAACCGAGGCAUUCACAGACCAGAUGGUGUUGAUCACAGAAGCCGUUCUAACUCUGCGAAACAUGGUGACUUUACCGGAGAAUGCCUUGAACAUGUCUGACUUCUAUCCCAUCAAAGACCUGAUUUGCAUCAUCAUGCACUUGCCUGCUAAGGACUCUCUAACCGAGUUGAAGCACAUGGCUUUGGACAUUGCGGAGCAAAUUACGCCAUACAUGGUUUUGGAGUCUGACGAUCCAUUAUACAGGACUUUGCUGGCGCAAUUAGCAUCUGAUGAUCGAGGUACUAUUUUGACGUCUCUACGGGCAUUAGGUCGCAUCUCAAUGAACCUGGAGGCUACGAAUAAGCUUGGCAACGUACCCGCAGAACUCCUGCAACGUAUUUCGAACUGGUUGCUCCUCAACGAUGAUGAGCUAAUGGAUGCUUGUUUGGAUUUGCUUUACCAAUACACGGCUGUUGUCACCAAUGUAGACAAUCUUGUCCGGUCAACUUCACCAGAGAUUCUGGUGGACCAUCUUGUGUUGCUGUUGGCACAUGGGGCCAAAAAGGUUCACCGAGACUUCAUUCUGGUGCCUGAGCAGAAGCUCCCGUCCCGAGAUGAAAUCCCUCCAAUGCCGGAAGAUUUACUUCAACAAAUGAUCAAGCUGGAAGAACCCGACCGAGUCCACAAAUGGGUUAAGUGCUUCUUUGAGGAGGACAAUGAUUCUUUCGUCACACAGCUAGCCGCUUGGCAAGCUUAUCAAUCUGCCUUUGUCAGUCCCUUGAAGGCUAUAGGACAACCCAUGAUUACGCCGGCCGACUUCAUUCGCAACAGCACCUCUGUCUACAAGGAUUCCAACGCCCAGGUGCUUCGCGAACCUGGAGAGCCACAACAGAAGUUCAUUAUUCACGGCAUCCGCGCUCGACCACGCCCGUUAAACUUCGAUGGUGCAGAAUAUGCCCGCUGCCUGUGGGCAACCAAUCUAGAAAAGCGAAAUGAAAAGUGUGGACAAUUCUUCCUCAAGGCAGAGCAACUAUGGAGCCAUAUCAUCACAAAACACCUUGGUGAGCAAAGAAACGAGGCCGGACAGUUUGAUAACGCGGAGAAGCAAUUCGUAUGCACUUGGGGUGGUUGCUCCAAGUAUGCCAAACCGACGAAACUGCAUUUGCAUGACUUUGCGCGCCACAUCAACACUCACGUCAUGAAUGCCCUUCCAGGCGACCCAAAAACAUCGCAGAAGUCCUGGGUUAUCCCAGCCAAAACCAUGGCGGUUACAUAUGAAGAGACUGCAACGGUCCGGGACGAGAGAAACCCUAACUUGCCCCCUCAGGCAGCGGGUAUUCCCCUGAGUGCCGUUCUGGUUCUGCGCAACAUUGCACGUAAUGUAGUCAAGACGGAAGCAGAGGAGCAGCUACUCAAGGAGCAAGAGUCAAGCAACUCCGAGAAAGGUGGUUGGAACGAGAAACUGUUUCGAGCAGUUUUGCCUCGUUUAUUCGAGGUUCUUGCUGAGAAUCGAGCAUUGAGCCCGUACAUCUCAUCUCUACUAGAUUUAAUUCGGCCCAAGAAGCAACCUGAAGAGGAAGACGAUUACUAG